UUCUUAGAUCCCUCCUUGCUCCGGGAAACGAAGGCCGGAAGAGCUCCGUCUCACUCACCCGUAGAUGGUGAGAGGCUCCGAUGAUGACCUUGAAAGAACCAGCUCCGUACACCGGCCUUGUCCUGCCUGAUUGUGGCAAAGCAGCCCCAGGAUGCCUGGCCCAGAGAUUCCGUCUGUGUUUCGUCCGCUUUGGUUGCUCUCGAUAACGGCCAUGACUUCAGGCUGCGCGUGGAGUGUGCUCGCUGCACAUUUAUUCCCAUUCACCUGAGAAUGGCCUCGACGUCCCCUCCACGCCCGUCUCUUUUGGCAAUGUUGAGCUGUGCAGAGGUCAAGAGUGUAGCCCCAGGCCGCCCAGCAGAGUCACUGCCGCUGGGUGAAAAUCUGGGUUUUGGUGCUCACCCAGGAGUCUUCACUGUUGGCUUCAGUUAGAGUGACGCACAGGUGCCAGCCGGCUGAGAAUAAAGGGUGUUUACUGCCUUGUGCGAUGAUAGCACAGUUCAAGGGUCGAUCUGGCUUCAGGCACAGCUCGAUACAGGCUUUUACAGGAUGCCGUGAGGACCCAGUUUCUUGCGCUUCACGUCUCGGUGGGCUUCCUCCUCAAACAGGCUCGCCCUCUGCUGAGCAAAGCUGCGCUAGUAGCUCCAGACCGUGCUGGCGUCGCCUCUGGCAGAUUCUCGACAAACCGCAGACCCUUCCCCGUCUCAGCUAGGUCUCCUUGUGACUAGCAGACCUGAGUCACAGCCUCACCUCUGAAGCAAGCCCCGGGGUCAGGGAGGCACGCGCUCCUUCUGUUGCUCCACCCUUGAGCGGAGGGACUGCUGUGGCCUAAGCACCUGAUCAAACUUAGCCGAGUCAGCAGAGGAAGGAAGAAUGGAAGCUGGGCGCAACGCCCCAGAGACCAAGCGUUGACGGCACUUACUGCUUGGAGCAAAGAGCACAACCCCGUCCCGCGGUCGCCUGCUGCAGGGCUCUGUGCCCCGCUCCGCUUCCUUUCCCACUUCCUCCCCUCCCUUCCGCUCGGCGUUAAACACAGACACGCACACACUGGGGGAUUCGUUUCCCUCCCCCCAACGGCACACUUACCGAUGCCGACACGGCACGUGUUAGCAAGGCCGUGGAGCAGCACGAGUGCCCGUGGCUGCCGCUCAGACGUACACCGCUGCAGUCAGGGUGGGAACAGGGUGGCCUGAGCUGGGCAAGGACGCGUCUGCUGGCUCGUGUGCACCGGGGCUCGUGCACAAGCCUUCACAGAGCCAUGUUUGUCGUUGUCCCAAACGGGACGAUCAGGCGGCCGUGCGCCGUAGCCCGCAGGCAUGCUUCCUCUUCCUGCGCUCUGAGGACGCCACGUGUGCUAUGAAGGGGGGUUUGUGGCGACCCCGCAGCGGGCAAGUGUGUCAGACCCUCUUUACAGCAGCCUUCGCGUCCCUGUGCGUCUCGCCAUGUUUCAAACCCGCGCAUUAUUGUCACAGUUGUCACGGUGAUCUGGGAUCGGGGUUCCAGUUCCCCGAGCGCUCAGAGGACAGCAGUUUUUAGAGUAAGAUAUUUCUUAAUCAAGGUUUGUGUAUCGUUUUUAGAGCUAACGCGACUGCACACUUCCCAGGCUACCACAUGGGGUAAACGCCGCUGGAACGGGAGCUCACCGGCUGGCUUUACUGCGGUGUGCACUUCUGCGCUGGUCUGGAGCUGCACCUCCAGCAUCCCCAACAGCCCUGCAGCCCUGCGCUGUUGGACCCCAGGCCUCCUGCGCGUGCAUAGGUGGCGCCCGUGGCCCCGAGCGGCGGGACGGCACACAGAGAUGCCCUGGUCGGGAUGGCUGGCAAACCCGCGGCUCCGGGCGUGAGCGUGGCGCUCGUCACUCUGAAGCCUUUCGCUUGUGCCGCGCGGGCCGCUGAGCUCCGCCACGUGGCCUGGUCUGCGUUGGUGGCCUCCGACGUCUUUCCCGCUCACACUCCCUCGCACGUGUGCCCUUUGGGAAGCUGUGGCCCCCUCCUCAGGAGCUCGCUCCGCGUGCUGUUCCGCUGAAACCGUCCCCUGCUCUAAACACCGCAGCCCGCGUCGCUGCACACGGACGUCCUCCCUCGUGACCUCAGCAAACGCCGUUAGAGAUUGUACCAGUUUGCUCACGUGAUCCAGCGCCCCGUCCUUUGUCAGACUUCUCGCUGUCCCCAAACUGUAACAAAACAAGAUCCAGUCAAGGUGUUUGCAUUUCGCUGUUUUUUCUCUUUGGUCUUUUUAAGCGAAGAACAAUUUUUUUUUUCAGGACAUUGACUUUUUUUAAGAUAUAUGUAUCUAUUUAUUUGAGAGCGAGCGCAUGCCAGGUGGGGAAGGGCAGGGGGACAGGGGAACGUUCGCCGACUCGGCGCUCAGCACGGAGCCCCAUGCGGGCUCCAUCUCUCCGUCCUGAGAUUGAGACCUGAACGCAAAACGAGGGCCAGUCGUGUCACGGCCUGCACCCCGGGCGCCCCAAGACGUCGCGUUCUGCGAGGCCAGGCCCCUUGUCCUGUGGGGUGUCCCGCACUCUGCCCUCAUCCGUUCCUCCUGACGUGGCGCUCAGUUCUCUGCCCCUCACACUUUCUGCACAUCGGAAGUGAGGUCCAUUCGGGGCCCGUUUCGGCAGGAGCCUCGAAGGGGAUGUUGUGACUCCACAUGGUCCACUUUGGGAAGCGGAUGCCGGGUCGUGCCUCUGUGAGCGCCGUGGGUUUGGUCACCGCUCAGGGUGAUGGCUGCAGCUCUGUGUUACCAGGGUUCAUCGGGGGCCCGCCCGCUGGGCGGUACUGGCAACGUGGGACGUGCCCCCAAUCCCCUUCACGGUCAGACCGGCCCCUGAUGAUAAAGACGGUUGCAGGGCCGUGUGCCGCGAAUUCCGUGGCGCCUCCUGCACGUGGGACCGUUGUCCUGUGGUGUGGGCGUGGAGCCUGGGUGAGGAGCACCUGCCGUGGCGGACGGGACCCGCGGCUGAGCUCGCAGCAGUUACGCGGCUGCCCCGAGACCGCACGUGCCGUCUCCACGGCAGGGACGGAGCUUGCAAGCUGCUCGGCAGCGUGACUCCGUCAAGGGCUCCCAGCCCACGGGAUCCCCAGCGCCGGCCACUGUCCUCUCUGUGUCGUACUGACGGCUCGGGUCAGGUGAUUUCCUCAGCAUCGCGGACAGUCGCAGGGUGUUGCUGGGAUCAGUCACCACCCGGUGACAUCCUGGACACUGUGCUGUCUUCACGUCCCAGUUAAGCAGGGCUCUGUGUGCACGUGACCCCUGUCCCUCCCGCCGCUCCAGACCCGGGCUGGUGUGUGCGGUCAGCCGUGUGGCGAUCCCCUGCGUCUGUGCGGUACCGUCGGCCGGCGUCUGCUCUCCAGGGGCAGCCCCUGGUUCCCGUUCUGUUUCCGUCUGGGGUCCCUUGGCCUCUCACGCUGUCACUGCAGGGGCCUCCGGGCUCUCGCUGGUGGACUUGCUGCGUCCAUCAGCAGCAGCCACGCACCAUCCCUAGCAGCACUGACUUGCCCGUGGCCCCUGGCACUGCCUUCCCACCUGGCCGCUGGCUGCGCUCCGUGGGUCUGUGGCGGAGCCUGCUCCCGGUCCCCACCCCUCGAGGGCUGUAACCUCAGGGUCACCGUGGUGGCUUCACCCUCUCAUCCUCUUUCGCCGCCGUGUGCUUUUCCACCGCGCUCUGUCCGUGUUGCAACCCCGCCGGAUCAGGGAGCCAGGCGUUCUGGCUUCUGCUGGAGUCCCCCCCAGGGGCUGUGCUCCCCGUAAUUCUCUGACUUGACCCGCUUACCAAGCCUUGAAGGACGGGAAGACCCGCAGGCGGUCGGCGACCCCUCUGCGCGGAGGACAGCAUGGCCGUGUCAGCCCCGCUGCGCAGCCUGGAGGAGGAGGUGACCUGCUCCAUCUGCCUGGACUACCUGCGGGACCCGGUGACCAUCGACUGCGGCCACGUCUUCUGCCGCGGCUGCACCGCCGACGUGCGCCCCGUGUCGGGCAGCCGCCCCGUCUGCCCGCUCUGUAAGAAGCCGUUCAAGAAGGAGAACAUCCGGCCCGUGUGGCAGCUGGCCAGCCUGGUGGAGAACAUCGAGCGACUGAAGGUGGACAAGGACAGGCAGCCGGGAGACACGGCCCGGGAGCCGCCCGACGCCCGGCUGUGCGAGCGGCACCGGGAGAAGCUGCACUACUUUUGCGAGGACGACGGGAAGCUGCUGUGCGUCAUGUGCCGUGAGUCGCGGGAGCACAGGCCCCACACGGCCGUGCUGGUGGAGAAGGCCGCCCAGCCCCACAGGGAAAAAAUCCUGAACCACCUGAGUACCCUGAGGAGAGACAGAGACAAAAUUCAGGGCUUUCAGGCCAAGGGAGAAGCUGACAUCCUGACCGCACUGAAGAAGCUGCAGGACCAGCGGGAGUACAUUGUGGCUGAGUUCGAGCAGGCCCACCAGUUCCUGCGGGAGCGGGAGCAGCACCUGCUGGGCCAGCUGGCGAAGCUGGAGCAGGAGCUGGGGGACGGCCAGGACAAGUACAAGAGCAGGGGUGUCGCGGAGCUGGCCCGGCUGGCGCUGGUCAUCGCCGAGCUGGAGGCCAAGGCUCAGCAGCCGGCUGCAGAGCUCCUGCAGGACACCGGGGACUUCAUGAACAGGUAUCCGAGGAAGAAGUUCUGGAUUGGGAAGCCCAUUGCUCGGGUGGUUAAGAAAAAGACAGGAGAAUUCUCAGAUAAACUUCUGUCCCUGCAGCGAGGCCUAAGAGAGUUCCAGGGGAAGCUGCUAAGAGACUUGGAAUACAAGACAGUGAGCGUCACGCUGGACCCGCAGUCAGCCAGCGGGUACCUGCAGCUCUCGGAGGACUGGAAGUGCGUGACCUACAGCAGCCUCUACCAGAGCGCCUACCUGCACCCCCAGCAGUUCGACUGCGAGCCGGGGGUGCUGGGCAGCAAGGGCUUCACCUGGGGCAAGGUGUACUGGGAGGUGGAGGUGGACAGGGAGGGCUGGUCCGAGGAGGAGGACGAGGGGGAGGAGGAGGACGAGGGGGAGGAGGGGGAGGAGGAGGAGGAGGACGAGGAGGAGGCGGGCUACGGGGACGGGUAUGAAGACUGGGAGACGGACGAGGACGAGGAGUCGCUGGAGGAGGAGGAGGAGGACGGGGAGGAGGACGAGGUGCUGGAGAGCUGCAUGGUGGGGGUGGCCAGAGACUCUGUGAAGAGGAAGGGGGACCUGUCCCUGCGGCCGGAGGACGGGGUGUGGGCGCUGCGCCUGUCCUCCGCGGGCAUCUGGGCCAACACGGAGCCCGAGGCCGAGCUCUUCCCGGCGCUGCGGCCCCGGAGGCUGGGCAUCGCGCUGGAUUACGAGGGCGGCACCGUGACGUUCACCAACGCGGAGUCCCAGGAGCUCAUCUACACGUUCAGUGCCACCUUCACGCGGCGCCUGGUCCCCUUCCUGUGGCUCAAGUGGCCGGGGACACGCCUCCUGCUGCGGCCCUGAGCCCGCGGCUGCACCCUCCUCGGGGUCAGGACCGUGACGGGCGGGGCUGUCUGGCCGCGGCGCCCCGUGGCCCGCUCCGUGCCACCGCUCGGUCCAUGCAGCUGCCGUUGGACCCGCCCCCCAGCCCCGGGGCUUCCCGAGCGGAGUUCCGACCCCGGAGGCCAUGGGGGCCCCUCUGCCGCCCAGGGCCUUUGGCCCAGCUCUACACGCGCUCUGUUGGACCAGAGAUGAGACGGCAUUUUGUUGCCCAGCCCGGCGUCCCAUGCGGGCUGCUCCUGGGAAAGCACCGGUGACUGCUGCCCCGAGGCCACUCGCUGUCCUCUGUCCCCCGGUGUCCCCCUUGCCCACAUCCACUCUGCUGCCGGCCUCCUCUGCCCCCAGCUCAGAGUCACACACGUGAACGUGAGCAGAGCAAAAAUGCACCGCGGUUUCUGGGCCACGUGAAGAAGCCUCCCGAGCGCCGUGGAGUCCGGAGCGGACGCCUCGCUCCUCCAAGACCGGCGUCGACGUUCCACAUCAAAGAAGCCAGCACCCCCGAGCCUUUGCGGGAGGGGUCCAGAUACACGUGGCUCUGGGGCCACGUGUGGUCAGGUGGGGCCUGGGGAGGGGCGAUUGUCAAGGGAAUCUGGAGCAUCCGGCUCGUGGUCGGUCGUCGGGAAUCACCAGGGCAGACGUCCGGUCCAGGCCAACCUCCCACUCGGGAGGCCCGGCCAGUUCCUCCAGCAGGGUGGAAGCUCGGGUCACGGCUGCCUGCACGCAGGCUCCGUGGUCUUGGGACAAGGGCGGUGGGGAGAGGAGAGGACGCCGGCGGGGCUCCCGGAGCUCACCCGGCCUUCGUGUUGGUCUUCGUGUCGGGAGACGGCUGGAGCACGGCCUCAUUGGACCCGCAAGCUCCCUGCUCCAGCCCGACACCUGCAGCCUUUGUCCACACCCGUCCCAGCCGGGCACCAGCGUCCUGCACCCCAGCACCUCGGACCCACAUCGUCUGUAAAUGUCCCUCCAAUUUCUGCCUCUAGUUUUGUACCCCCCACGGCACCCCCUGCAGUGCUGGGCACACAGCAGGUGCUCAAUAAAGCCUGUGGAAUGAGCA